AGAAGGGCUGGGUUGGCUGGGAUCCGGCAGUCCCUCCUCUUCCUUCUCCCUCCUCCUCCUCCUCCUCUUCCUCUCCCUCGCUCCCGGCCAGCCGCCUUUCCUCGGAGGGGUCGAGACGCGCGCAGAGCCCAUAGGCCCCUCCGGCCGCAAGCGAUGGGCGACAUUCCCGGCCUCGUGAAAAUCAGCGUCUCCCUCAAAAUCCAGCCCAACGACGGGGCCGUGUAUUUCAAGGUGGAUGGGCAGCGCUUCGGUCAGAACCGCACCAUCAAGCUGCUGACCGGGGCCAAGUACAAGAUCGAGGUGUCCCUCCGACCCGGCAUCGUCCAGGUCACGACCAUGGGCAUCGGCGGUGUUAAUGUCCCACUGGAAGAGAAAUCACGCGAUGCACAAGUGGCCUCUUACACAGGGAUCUAUGACACCGAAGGGGUGCCCCAUACCAAAAGUGGGGAGAGACAGCCCAUCCAAGUCAAUAUGCAGUUUAAUGACAUUGGCGUUUUUGAGACAGUCUGGCAAGUCAAAUUCUACAACUACCACAAGCGGGAUCAUUGCCAAUGGGGAAACAGCUUUGGCAGUAUUGAGUACGAAUGCAAACCAAAUGAAACACGCAGUCUCAUGUGGAUCAAUAAAGAGACCUUCCACUGAAGAGAUGGGAAACCAAUACUGCUGGAAAAUCUCCCUAAAGAAAAAUCUACCUUUUUAAACCAGCAAGAAGCCUUACCAAAGGCAUAUUGUAACACUGCUUUGUCCAUAAGGUUCCAGCAACUACAUUGUAUAUACAGGUGAUGCCACUAAAAUAUUUGCCUAUUACUGCAUUUUAAGUUUACCAUGUCAUCUGUAAGAUUCUUUAUCUGUCAUCCUGAGAAUACUGAAAGGUUCAUGGUAAAGGAUUAUCUGAUAGCUUGGUAGGAAGUCAUAUCAUAAUACUGUUGUAAGUAUUUGGAUUAUUUUGACUAGAUGUAACAACUUUUGUGAAGUGUUUUGCUUCAUUGCUUAGAAUUUGGAUUAACAUCACAUUGGUGAUUUCUGUAUUUACCUCUGUUUGCUCCAUAAUCGGUGUGUUCCUUCAAGCAUUUUGUCGUAGCACUGUCUUCCCAGUGGACACCAAAAAUUAAAAAUAUGGUUACUUGUAGGUUUAGCUAAAUGGCAGCUAAUGCACUGUUGGUAUUGUGCUUUCAUACCAAGGGAUUUAGGAACUCAUUCUCCCUUUUGUUAAGUGCUGUAAGAUAUUCUGUGAAGUUUGAUAAUUUACCAAAUCUCCUAAAGAGGAUUCUUUUUUUUUAAGCUUUCCAGUCUUUGAAAUAGCAUUAGGAAAUGGUAUAAAACAUGAUGAAGGAAGAACAAUAAGUCCAUUGUGUUAUCCAAGACAUCUAACAACACGGCUAAGACCUAUCUUAAGAUCAUAUAGUAUCCUAGAGAGAUACAGCAGCCAUACUUAAUUUAUUUCCUAGAGUAAGAGUUCUGAUAUUAAACUCCAUUUUUAUUCUAAUGACACAUUGAUGAGAUCAGUUAAAUCUUACAAAUCAACAUUUUCAAGCCUGACCACUGUAUUCACUGACAAGAUUUCUGACCAACAAGCACUCAGUAGUGUGAAGGUGCAGAUCCCAGGGCAUAUUUAUACAUUCUCUGCAGCUUUUCAAAUAAAGAUAAGCAUGCAAGCAUUUGCAUAGUUAUAACUAAAGGUGCUUCAUAAACAGUAGAUCAAUGUUUAACACAAACAGACAACACAAAACAGAUGUAUCUUUUAUUUCUGUAAAGACAGGGAAGCAAGGAAACAACUACACUUGUCCUGUCUCCAGCUUGGGUUGAAGUAAGCUGUCAGUUCCUGCAUAUCUGUUAUUCCCUUUGUGAAUAAUUUGUAAAUUGUAUAGGUAAAUGGUAAACAUGACUACUGAUCUUUGUAAUUAAAGGACCUAAACAAUUUCUUCUCUACUAUGGCCAUCUAAAUGAGCUGAAAACACUGUAUUUAAAAAGGAAGUGGUUUUAGAGAAUCAGACAGUAGAAGGUAUGUAGCCAGUGCUUUCUGAGAAUGCAGGCCAAAGCUACUGUUUCUAGGAAAGACAGAUCCAGUGUGACAAAAUGCAGAUGGUUAAUGUGAUAACACUCAGAAGAGCUUAUUAAUAUGCAGUUAGUUCCAGUAAUAUGGAGUGAAAAGAAAAGAUUUAGGACAGAAUUGAAUUAGCAAAGAAAUAUUUACUUCUACUGAGUUAUUAAUCAAAAGGCUUUACUAGUUUUCUAGCUUUACUAGAUUUCUACAGCCAAAAGAACUGACAGUGGCACUGAUGUAAUCCAGCUAGCUCAGUGUGUAACGGUGAACUAGCCAGCUGCAUCUCCAUUCUAAGGCAACAUUAUAUGGGCAAAUUUUACUGAAAUGAAAAUCUAGAAAUAAUCUUCUCCAUUAACUUCUUUCCUAGACUUUUCUUAGCAAGAAUUCUUCAAAAUGAAAAAAAACUGACCAAAUUAAAACCUGCACUUCAGGCAGAAGUACUACUGCCAGCAUUUUAGCAGAAGUUUCCAGAUAACAUGCUUUAAUUAUUCUAGACUUCCAGCUGUGAAUGAGUUCUGUCUCUACAUUGCUUGAAAAGUGAUUUUAUUCUUCAAUAAUUUGCAUACUUUGGUUUAUUUUGUUUCUACAUAAGAACAUAUAUGUACACUGGCACACAAUACAUGUGACACAUAAAUUCACAGACAUCUGUCCUAGUAAAAAACAUGUAAGACCCACAGUGUCCUAGCUCUCCAGCAUUUAAAAAAUGCUGCAAUGAAUAAAACCAGCCAAUCCUGGCACAGAAGGAUUGAUAUUCUCAGCCAGCUGGAAGUAUACCGUUCCUAAAGCAAAUUCUCAUGCCCACUUUAAUGCCAAGUAGGACAUCUUUUCACUUACAACCUAGCAGGUCCUGUAGCAAUUCAAUUGAGAGGAUGCUCAAGAAAAAGGCUGCAGAUGGAGCAAGUUGCUUUUAAAAGAAAGGAGAGAUCAGCAAGAGCAACUGUUGUACAGGUCCCAUAUUCUAAGACUGAGCAUUGCUGCCCAGGAUUGCAGCACCCCUGCCCAGACAGCAGCAGAGAUAGAAAGGAUGAGAACUGGUUAAUCACUUCUCUGGGGGAGGUGUCAAUGGCAUUUAUCAGCUCUUCUACUCUUCUCCCCUGGGUGAGGUUGAAGCAUACAGAAAUGUGAUUUGCAUUAUUCUUAAAUAGAAGAUUAUUCAUGUGA